CCCGGCCUCCGGCGCCUAGCUCGGCCGUCCGGCGCUCUCCCCUCGCGCGGUCUCCUCCUCCUCGGGGGCCCCAGCGCAGCCCGAGAGCCCCGCGCCGAGGAGCGGGGGAAGCCGCGCACUAGCACGACACGCGCCGCAGUGGGACUGGCCCCGGGGGGUGCCCCCGGCGCGCCUCGCUCCCCGCGCCCGCCGCGCUCCCCUCCCCCCCGCCGGUGUCCCCAGGGCUCCGGGCCGCGCGUCCACCGCCAGACGCGCGGGGGGUCCCCGAGGAGGGGCCAGCCCGGCCGAGGCGCGGCGAUGGAGGAGCCGCAGCGCGCCCGCUCGCAGACCGUCACCACCACUGCCAGCUCCUUCGCCGAGAACUUUUCCACCAGCAGCAGCAGCUUCGCCUACGACCGGGAGUUCCUCCGCACCCUGCCCGGGCUUCUCAUCGUGGCGGAGAUCGUGCUGGGAUUGCUGGUGUGGACGCUGAUCGCUGGAACUGAGUACUUCCGGGUCCCCGCGUUUGGCUGGGUCAUGUUUGUAGCUGUAUUUUACUGGGUCCUCACCGUCUUCUUCCUCAUCAUCUACAUAACAAUGACCUACACCAGGAUUCCCCAGGUGCCCUGGACAACAGUGGGUCUGUGCUUUAAUGGCAGCGCCUUCGUCUUAUACCUCUCAGCCGCUGUGGUGGAUGCGUCUUCUGUCUUCCCCGAGAGAGACAGCCACAAUUUCAACAGCUGGGCAGCCUCAUCGUUCUUCGCCUUUUUGGUCACCAUCUGCUAUGCUGGAAACACAUAUUUCAGUUUUGUAGCUUGGAGAUCCAGGACCGUACAGUGAUUUGCCAUUUUGAGAAUUAAACAGGAGAAAGCAGGAAGAAUCUCACUGUAAAAAAACAGCAACAACAAACUGUAGGUAUAUAAUGUAUAUUUCCAGAGAAUUAUAUUUAACUAAUGUUUUUAUAUACUUAGUUAAAUUUGCUCACAGUGGUUUGUUACAGUUAAACUGGAUACUUAUUUGCAAAUUGUUGUAGCUUAUAAGGAACUCUUAAAUAUCUUGUUGAUGUCUUCAUGGACCUUGUUUUCUUAGACAAUGUAUAAAUAGAUAAAUUGCUAAUGUUAAGACGGUGUCGAGUUUGUAAACCUAACUUUUUAAAAUGCCAGAUUCUUUUCUGAUUAAA